UUCAUUUUUUAAUUUAAUUAUUUUACAAAUAACGUACUUUUCAGCUCAAUUUUCCACUUCCAAUUUUUCGGUGGAAAAAGAAAAAGAAAAAGCAAGAAAGCAAGAAUCCUUCUUUUGGUAGUGAUCGAUCUUCACUGAUUUUUUUUCUUUAAUUGUUUCUUUCUUCAAUCCAAUCUCAAACUUUUGAAAUUCUGGUAAUCCUCUGUUUUUUAAAUCCAUUUUCUGCAGAUUAAUUUAAAAAAAUUCUGAAUUUCUCAUUCUCUUAACAACGAAAAUCAACGGUGAUCUAGUGAUCCGAUCCAUCCCAUCUGAUGAUUAGUUUCCAAUCAAAGCAUCAAUCGCAUUUGAAUUUCUCAAUUCUCCUUCCUUCCGAUGCUUUCUUUAUAAUUUGUUUUAAUUGCUUAAGAUUUCGCCUCAAAAUUUGAUAAUUUUUCUUUUUCCCCUGUUUCUUUUUCUUAGAAAUCGAAACCCUAAAUCCGUUACAUUUCCAGUUAAAAGAAAAUCAAAAAAUUUUCAAUGGCUGAUCGGAGUAGGUUAUUUUCGAUUGACGAUCUACCGUCGCAUCUAAUUUUGGAAAUUUUAACGUCCGGUAAACGGUUAAGUGCCGUUGACCUAGUGUCGCUGGAGCUGACUUCGAGAACAUUCGGAGGGUGUCACGGUGUUUAUCCCACGAAAUGCAGGUCGCUGGUUGAUUUAGCCGCGUUUCAAUUGUGCAUGACGAAUGGGAUAUAUAUAGGGAUGAAUUGUAGUAGUCAAAGGGACAUUUUUGAACGGUGUGAUGGGAAUUGGAAGCGACUUUUGAGGUUUUUGCAAUCAGUAGAGCAAUCGUCGGACAUGGUCCAAACCUCUGCAGGCAAUAUGCAGAUAACAACUGGAAGGUAUCACACAUUGCUAAUUAGGAAUUCAUCAGUGUACUCUUGUGGUUCCAGUUUGUGUGGUGUCCUUGGACAUGGCCCUGAAACAACACAGUGUGUAGCAUUUACGAGGAUUAACUUCCCUUCUCUAGCUAAUGUGAUCCAGGUGUCUGCCUCUCAGAAUCAUGCUGCAUUUGUUUUGCAGUCUGGAGAGGUUUUCACAUGUGGAGACAAUUCAUCCUUUUGUUGUGGCCAUAGAGAUACAGGCCGCCCCAUCUUUAGACCAAGGCUUGUUGAAGCAAUGAAGGGGAUUCCUUGUAAACAGGUUGCUGCUGGACUGAAUUUUACUGUGUUUCUUACAAGACAAGGGCUUGUUUAUACAUGUGGAACUAACACACAUGGGCAGUUGGGUCAUGGUGACACUCAAGACCGACCAACCCCCAAAAUGGUUGAACUGCUUGAGAGAGUUGGCUCUGUAGUUCAGAUUGCUGCUGGCCCAAGCUAUGUUUUAACUGUAACUGACAAUGGAGUAGUCUACUCAUUUGGUUCUGGUUCUAAUUUUUGCCUUGGCCAUGGGGAGCAGCAAAAUGAAUUCCAGCCACGUGCAAUCCAGACAUUUAAGAGAAAGGGUAUUCAUGUUCUUCGUGUCUCAGCUGGUGAUGAGCAUGUUGUGGCAGUUGAUUCGAGUGGAUAUGUUUAUACCUGGGGAAAAGGUUACUGUGGUGAAUUAGGCCAUGGAGAUGAGAUCGAUAAGACUCUUCCUGAACACUUGAUUAGCCUUAAGGGUCAGCUUGCCGUGCAGGUUUGUGCAAGAAAGAGGAAAACAUUUGUUCUGGUUGAUGGUGGUGCUGUCUAUGGCUUUGGGUGGAUGGGAUUUGGCAGCUUGGGUUUCCCAGACAGGGGCGUAUCUGACAAAAUUAUGAGACCUAGACUCCUUGAUUGCUUGAGAGAUCACCGUGUUUCACAGGUUAGCACGGGUCUGUACCACACUGUGGUGGUAACUCAUCGGGGGAGGAUGUUCGGGUUUGGAGACAACGAGCGAGCACAACUUGGUCAUGACACACUGAGAGGUUGCCUUGAACCUACAGAGAUUUUUAUUCAUGAAAUGGAAGACGAAGCAACUCUUCUUUCAGAAAGCAGAUGAAAUGCAAUGAAUUGCAUCUGCUUUUAUGGAGAUCAGUGACGACCGUCUUGUGUUCCUACUUGAGAGGUGAAACACCGCUUAUCCCCCUCAUUAAAAUUCUUGUAGAAUUAUAUGAAUUUUUAACUCCGCAUUCGGGAUGCUGACUGUUAUAUUUUAUAAAGUUGCAUAUGUAGGCCGUGAUAGUUGCUUUUCCCCUGCUUCUAUCCAUGUUUGUUGUUAAGUUUUACUUAUUCGAGUUCAGAAGAUUGCUUUGUUCUUUAUUGCCC